AGACAGUCCGCUAGACGCUUAUAUCUUUGGGAAAAGUAGAAAUAAAAAUAAUUAUUGUAAAAUGAUUUUUUUCUCUUCAUUCUUAGAGUUUGCAAUAGACACCUUUUAUAAGAAUCAAUUGGUCUAACACGAAACCUGAAAGCCUUUUAUACGUGUUACACUCAAAAUUUUCGAUCUGAAAUAUCUACAAGUUGUUCCCCUUUAUUGAGCAUAACCUUCCCUUCAGCAAAUUAUUCUCACCUCGAGGGUCAUCUAAUCUCUAUAUCCGAAGCAUGUUUUGGGUCUUACGACAUGAUACCAAACCACGAGUGUGCAUUCUGGCGUUAGUUAAGCUACCUAAGAAACCUGUGGCACUUGGUUGACAUGGACUGUUCAGAUCUGAAACUAGUACACAUUAUUCUUGCGGGUCGCGUGUGCUAUGUCUUCAAAGUUGAGCCUAGACGGUAGUCUUGACGUUGAAAACAGGAGGAUGGGUGAGAGUUUGUUUACAAAGAAUAUCCUCCGUGAGUCGCAGGGAGGAGAGGCAUGAGCUGGACUAAAGGAUUGCCAGCACAUUGGCGAAUAGAAGAAGCAACAGUGUGAGGGGGAACAAAAAUAUGAGAGCCUCAUCCUUGUUUUAAAGGAAUGGGAACAAAGGUGCAGUAUGAACGUUAUUUGCCAGGUUAUCACUCAAUGAGGGAUCUAAAUGAAGAUUCUCAUGGUUGUAGCUGGCCUUUAUAUUACAGUGAAAAAUCAUGUCAGAGCAGCCCGUAUUAUAAUGGAAAUUUGUCAAGUGCUACCUCCGAUGCAUAUCUAGGUUGUGAUAGAGAUGCUGUGAAGAGGACAAUGCUUCAGCACGAAGCCAUAUUCAAGAAUCAAGUUUGCGAGCUGCAUCGGUUAUAUGUAAAACAGAGAGAGUUAAUGAAUGAUAUUAAAAGAUCCGAACACAGACACCCGAUGCCGGUAGACAUAUCAUUCUCAUCUAGUCCUCUAGCAUCUCAAAGUACUCCUGAUGGUGCAAGAAAAUGGCAUCUCCCAAGCUUUCCUCAUGCCAUUUCUUCUAGUGGCGGACCGUAUGCACCUAGUGUUGAAGAUGUAAAAUCAUCUUUAAGUUCUUUGAAAAAGAAUAAUAGAAACGAUGGUCUCUUACUAUCCCAAAAUGGAACGAGUUCAAAAGACUGUGAGGUACUAGAAUCUAAACCCUCAAAGGUUAGGAGGAAAACAUUUGAUCUUCAACUUCCAGCAGACGAGUACAUUGAUAGCGAAGAGGGGGAGGUAUUUCAUGAUGAAAAAGUGUCCCCCAUGUUGGGUUUCCAUUCAAACGGUAACAAGAAAUUUGAGAUUCAGAGUUGUGUGACGGCAAAUCCCAGUGGAAAAAGUGAUGUUAAAGGUGCUGCUUUGAGAUCUGACUCGUGUUUAUGGAACAGAUAUGGUUUGGCCGAUUUAAACGAGCCCAUUCAGGUUGAAGAGGCAAAUGGGUCCAAUUUUUUUGAUCUUCCUAGUGCUCGUGGCUCCAGCAAUUGGGAGGCUCAAGGCCCCAUUGUAUCAUCUAGGAAGCAAGAAAAGUUUCUGAGCUCCAGUAAUGAAGGUGGACAUGCAACAAAUAGAAGAGCGGCAUUCCCUAACAUCUUUGAAGCAGGACGUAGUAUGGAAAGCGAGAAACCCGUCACUCGUGGUCAGAUGGAAAAUUUUCAUGUAUCUUCUAAUCCUAUGCAAGUUCCACUAAACAAGUUUCAUGAACCUCCAGUUUUCUAUGUCAAUGAUAGAAGCAAGGUUCAACAGGAGUUGGACAGGCCAGUUAGUGAUUUGCAAUUAUCCAAAAGAAGUUAUGAAAUGUCUAAUACUGGGGAUCCUGGUUAUCUUUUAGCUUCGCAGACAUCUCGUACACAUCCUAUCGCUCCUUCUUUGGACGUGGGUAAGUCUUGGGCUCACUCUGGUUCAUCUUGGGAAAAGCCAAAUGGCAACGGCUCCCAAAAGUCGACAUCGGUUCAUACACAACCGUGUUUCAAAUUGUCUGCUGCUGUGCACAAGAGUUUUCCUUCAUCAGCCCAGAACAAUAGAAGUUUUGGAGAUAGAUGGCAUUUGAGUAGUGACUCUAGAUCAAACCCUGGGUCUGGUUGUGAUACUCCUUACCAGAAUGGACUCUAUCUCGGGUCUACGUCUGGCUCCAAUGGAGGAGUUCUCGCCUCUACCGUAAGGCACGACCAUGCUGCAAACUAUUACAAGGGCUCUGGUUGUGUGGGCACGAAUUCUCCGAAAGACAUUAACUUGAAUGUAAUGCUCUCAAACAGUUUAUCUAAUGAGGCAGUUCAACAACCCAACUACCGGACCAGAGAGGCAGAACCAAACAAUGAGGACCAUCAUAAUGUAUUACCAUGGUCAAGGGCUGUACCUGCUAGUAAGAAUGAAACGAUCAAUUCAAGCAGAUUAUCAAUGACUGCAGAGCUUAAUUUUGGGCUCUCUCCAAAGAACCAGUUUUCCAAAAGAAACGAAGCUGAAAAUGGCAGUAAAGUUGAAUGUUGUCCGAACAUUGAGUCUAAUUCACGUUGUAGUAACAUUGAGCCCAGAACGUCGGAACACGGUGAAUGUCGGAGUAACAGAAAACUUCUUGGGUUUCCCUUUUUCGAAGGGCCAUGCAUUUCUAAGAAUGAGUCAUUUUCUGUUACAUCCCCAUCGGCAUCUCUUCCUAAUCCAUCUGAGAAUGAAGUGGACGAUAAACGGAAAACUAGAGUACUUGAUAUCAAUUUGCCUUGUGAUCCUUCAGUUUUUGAUUCGGAUAACGCUACUACCGGAGCUCUGGCUGUCGAGAAUAGAAAGGACACAAAGAUCUCUACUGUUAGAGUUCAUAUUGAUUUGAACUCAUGUGUCAGUGAUGAAGAAGCUUCUAUGAGACCUCUACCCUUGGUUUCUUCAAGUGCCAAGGAAAAGGUCACGGUAGAGAUAGAUUUAGAAGCCCCGGCACUGCCCGAGACUGAAGACGACAUAAUUGCAGAGGAAGAAUCUGUAGAAAAACAUCACGAACGGCGAUCACAAUCUCCUCAGCAUAAGGCUGUGGACAUACAGGAUGAUCUUAUGGCUGUAGCAGCAGAAGCAAUAGUUGUCAUCUCUUCUUGUGGUCAUUCCUGUCAUUUGGAUGAUACUGUUAGCAACGCGUUGGAAGAUUCUUCGAGCGACCCCCUAAAUUGGUUUGCCGAGGUAGUUUCUACACACGGAGAUGAUAAGCACACCAAGUCUGACACUGUAUUUAGAGACAAAGAAGGCAAGGAUAAUGGUGAAUCCUCUUUGAGAGGGACUGAUUACUUCGAAUACAUGACUUUGAGGCUGGCGGAGGUCGGUGAAGAAGACUACAUGCCGAAGCCCUUGGUUCCAGAAAAUAUGGAAAUUGAAGAAUCUGGAACCAAUUUGUUGCAAAAUCGAUCCCGAAAGGGCCAGACGAGGAGAGGUAGGCAGCGAAGGGACUUCCAGAAGGAUAUCCUUCCAGGCCUUUCUUCUCUAUCAAGGCAUGAGGUUACAGAAGAUCUUCAGACGUUUGGUGGCCUAAUGCGAGCAACAGGCCACUCCUGGCAUUCGGGAGUGACGAGGAGGAACUCUACUAGAAACGGUUGCGGUAGAGGAAGACGACGAUCAGCAAUCAGUCCCCCACCAGCUGUGCAUUCAGAAUGUAAUCAGCUGAUACAGCAACUAAGUAGCAUUGAAAUGGUUCUGGAGGAUGGAAGCCUGAGUGGUUGGGGCAAGACAACUAGACGGCCCCGUCGACAGAGAUGCCCGGCUGGAACGCUCCGCCUGUCCCUUUAAAUUAAUGAAUGGUAGGAGGCUUUGAUUUAUUAACUGAGGAAGCAAGCUGGGAAGUUAUAUUUGUAUGGCUCUAUAGGUUGAGAUUUAAGGUCCAUGGAGCACACAGCCCUCCUCCUGUUUCUCUUUUUUGUACAUUUGAUAGCAGCAGAAGAUUUGGGUUGUGUGCGCGUCUCUGCCAAUUCUGUAUUAUUAUUAUUCAUAAAUAAUGUUGCAUGAUUUGUCCCCACCAGAGUUCGUUCCCUAAA